GGUCACAGAACGAGACCCUAAGAAAAUCGAGAGAGAGAGAUGCAAGCGAUCGACGAACAAUCAGCCGGAGAAUUGCGAGCUAUGGCGGGGGAUUACAGCUCCACCGCCUUGGCUCUUACUCCUCCGCCGGCGUACGAGAUGGUUAGGAGGCUGGCCGGAGAAAACGCGGUGGUGGUGUUCAGCAUGAGCGGAUGUUGCAUGUGCACCGUCGUCAAGCGCCUCCUCUUUGGCCUCGGUGUCGGCCCCACCAUCGUCGAGCUCGACCUCCUCCCCUCCUCCUCCGCCGCCGGCGACGUCCUCGCGGUCCUCUUUCACCUCUCCGGAGGCGCCGGAGGAGGAGGAAGGCUGCCGCCGAUUCCGGCGAUCUUCGUCGGAGGAAAGUUCCUCGGAGGCGUAGAUACUCUCAUGGCGUGCCACAUCAAUGGCUCCUUGGUCCCUCUACUCAAAGAUGCUGGAGCUCUCUGGCUUUGA